AUGGGCAUCUUUCGCAUAGUGAGAAAAGCCAUUGUGCCGGGUCUUCUCGGUACAUCGACAGCCGCCGCUUACCUCGCCUCUCAAAACCCUGUCAUCUCCCCGCUUCCAGCCAAUGAUCCAAUCUGGUCCUCAAGACUCUUCAGAAGGGCCAACCCCAACGGAAACCCUGCGACGCAGGAUGUCGUGAUCAAAAGAAUCCCACUAGACAAGAUCCGCCCUGAACUUCUUCAGAAGAACGGAGAUUUGGCACUCGAGUUUUGCCGUGGCAUUUGGAGCGGUUGGGGUUACGAUAUUCAGCGCAGGUAUCUCAGCUUCAAGUGGCGUGGUCCCGAGACGGAACAGCAACUCUGGGAUCCUGAACAGCUUUCCACAAGCACUUACGACAGAGGUACUGCCAUCACCGACCAUUUCGAGGUCGUGGAAAAGACUGCUACAUCCAUCACUGUGCGCUGUGGUGAUUCGCCCCGCAACCAACCACUGCGGCCAUCAGAUGGUCUUUUCCAGAUCAGCGCCACUAUUGACAAGGCGCACGAGGAGGUUGAGCUUCGGCUCAAAAGCGUAUUGUUUUCGAGUGAGGGCAAGGUUGCGGGAAACAAGGGACCUAUGCCUGGAUGGAUGACUGAGUUGCAUCAGUGGUAUGCUAGGAUCUGGGCUGAAACUGGAUCUUGGAGACUUCUCAAGUAA